AUGUCUGCAUCAGCUUCCAGCGCCGCAAGCAGCCGAAUGAAUUGGUCUGUUACUAUCUAUCUUGGACACAAACAGGAAGGGCUGGUCCUCAUGCACGACGAGGUGGCGCGAGUAAAUCUCCAAGGUAAGCAGUGGUUCACAUCGCUGGAUUUAGCUAGUGGAUACUGGCAGUUCCGAGUGUUGCCUUUUGGUCUAACCACUGCGCCAGCGAAAUUCCAGCGUUUAAUGGAUAAGGUGCUAGGCGAUUUAAUAGGGCCAGAAGUAUCAGUCUACAUAGACGACAUACUUAUUGCGACGGAUUCGGUGCAAAGACAUACAGAAGUCCUCCACAAGGUUCUGUUAGCAUUCCGCAAAGCGCAGCUGAAG